AUGUGUAACAAUAAUGCACCCUCAGUGAACCAGGUCCUCACCUCCUACCUGUGGGUCCGUCAGGCCUGGCUGGACGCCCACCUCGCGUGGGACAAGGACGCUUACGGCGGCAUCGACAGCAUCCGCAUCCCCAGCAGCUACGUCUGGCGGCCGGACAUCAUCAUCCUCUACAACGACGCCGACGACGGCUUUGGCGGCUCGGUGGAGACCAACGUGGUGCUGCGCUCCGACGGGCACAUCACGUGGGACUCGCCCGCCAUCACCAAGAGCUCCUGCAAGGUGGAUGUCUCCUACUUGCCCUUCGACGGGCAGCGGUGCCGCCUCACCUUCGGCUCCUGGACCUACAACGGGAACCAGAUCGACCUCCACAACCGGCUGCACACCUACUACAUCGCCACCAUGACCAUGAUCACGGCCUCCACCGCGCUGACCAUCUUCAUCAUGAACGUCCACCACUGCGGCCCGGGGCCCCGGCCCGUGCCCCCCUGGGCCAGGUGGCUCAUCCUCCACCACAUGGCCCGGCUCUGCUGUGUCUAUGAGGUGGGCGAGAGCUGCAAGAGCCCCCAGCGGGUGCUGGGCAGGCGGGCGGGCAGGGAGGACACUGGGGGGCCGGGGGAGAGCCCCACGGAGAGAGAGGUGGGUGCCGAGGCAGGGGGCUGUCCCCGGGACCACUGCCUGUGCCACCACGAUGGCCUGCUGAGGAACGUGGGCUAUGUCGCCGGCUGCUUCCGGCAUCACCAAGCCUCCCAGCGCCGGACCGGCGAGUGGAAGAAGGUGGCCAAGGUGAUGGACCGCUUCUUCAUGUGGGUCUUCUUCCUCAUGGUCUUCCUCAUGAGUGUGCUGGUCCUGGGCAAUGCUGCAUGA